AUGGACAUCCAGAAGGUGUCAGAGGACGCUCGAUGCAGAAUCUUUCCGACCACCUUAUCUAAUACUGCUCAAGAGUGGUUUUUCAAGUUUCCUCCUGCUAGUAUAGUGUCACGGGAAAUGUUCAUGAACGAAUUCUAUGGGCAGUUUUAUGCUGGUCAAGUACAUGUGACCGAAGCCAACCAAUUGGUCAAGAUACGCCAGAAGGAGGGCGAAUCCUUGAAUGAGUAUGUCCAGCAUCUUAUGCAAGCUGCUGCUAGGGCUAAGACUGUUGGUGAUGAGGGGAAGAUGAUGGAACUUACUGCUGGAGUAUGGCGCCAUUCAUCCCUCUGGAAAAAUUAA